ACAAAAAAUAAACAAUUAAGCAAGAAAUCUUAUCCUUGGACUUAUUAAAUACUUUUUUAUUAUUAUUAUUUGUCGUCCAGCCUAGGGGUUCCUGCCUCCCCCUCAGCACGCCUGUAACCCUAAGGUAGCCGGGCGGUGGGGGUUCGAGGCUCCCUCCCUCCUUUUGCCCUUCACGAGAGCGCUUUUCUGGGCGCACAAGUGUGUGUGUGAGGAGCGGAGAGGAGCACCGAGAGGGAGAUUGGGACAAUAGCUGGAGUGGAUUAUGCAUUCCCGUAGGCGAUACUUCCCUAUAUGAGCUUCAGGAUGCAGUUGGAAGCUCGGGAACAAAGCGGGCAUCGAAUGUCAAGGGCAGAAAAGAAAACUUUAAAAGAGAAAGAGAGAAGUGGGAGUGGGGAGGACGGGGGAACCCCUGAUUCCUCAGUGAUCUGCACAGCUCGGACAGACCUACAAGUUCCCCUUCGCCUCUGCCAGACAAGUCCCGUAGGAGAAAAAACCCCAUGCCUGAACUUUUACCGUGGCUUGGGGUUUAUACAAUUCUGGCUCCAUUUCAGAAAUCUCGAAAGGGGGGAAAAAAACCCCAACAAACACCAAAAACAACAAAAGAAACAAAAAGGGAAAAGAAAGUUUGGAUUUAACUCUUUGUUGCUAAAAACCCCACCACAACCAAACCCCCAGCCAUUAGCAAAAGCGAACAGCGUCACUGGCAGUCGGUGCCCGGUCCCGAGGCGGCCCUCCCCGCCACACAACGCCGAUGGCCGGCAGGGAGAGGCAGCCCCAGCCCUGACAACCAAGCACCUUGGGUGCAGCCGAGCCCCGGAGCUCCCCCCCCUGCCCCACGGAGGGGGCAGCACUCCCUCCGAACAUUGUGGGGGAAGGCAGCCCCUCCUGGGAUCUGCGGGGCUGGCAGGGAAGUUUUUGGUACUGCUAAAGGCAUAUAUACACACACAUACACAUAGAUCUAUCUAUAUCAUACACACACAUCUUUAUAUAUAGAUUUAUAUGUAGGUGUCUAGUCUAUGUUUAAAUUAUUCUAUCUAUACACACAGUCCUCCCCUGAUGAGGUCAUUCUCCCAUAUAUACGAGACUGGGUGCAUGGUGCCAGAAUUUAACUCCCAAGAUCUUAUCUCUGGCGAUCUGAAAGCAAUCUAAAGUAAAUGUUAGCAGAAGGGGAAAUAAAUUUUGGAGAGAAACAUUCAACAAGGUGUCCCUGAAGCCUUUUCCCCCGCCCUCCCCAGCCGAUGUACCCAUGCACUUUAUGCCAAAGAGAGCCAUUUCGGAGCAAGGGACUCCUGCUUCAGAGCAAGGACAGGCUGCACCCCGCGUCGUGGAUCUCUGCCUGGCUGGGGCUGCACCUUGACAAUUUUAAUCUCCUCUUCCCUUUCCCGAGCGAUGCUCUCCUCUCUAAUGCGCUAAUUUGCUGCAGCUUAUUUAUUUUAUUUUUUCCCCC